CCAUAAAUAUGAGCAAGUUUUCGGGACUACUCCCCUCCAGCUCACUGUGAACGCAGUCUGCAACACUCCAUCGAACGCUGCGUCAACAUUUGACGAAGAUGGUUAAGAUUUUUUGUCUGGUGCUUCCAUUUGUCGCUCUUGCGGCUUCGGCUUCGGCGUCGGCGUUGCCCAAUACAUUGAACUCGGUUUCCUUGAUCAAGGAAAGGGACACGAAGGGUAUUUGUAUGGGCAAUGUAGAAGGUAUUGCACUUGGGGGGUGCUUGGGGAAUCUUGAGAGUCUUGACGGAACCUGCUUUGCCAAAUUCCUCGCCGUGAAGCUUUUGUGCCAUGGGAAUGGGCAUGACCUUGACGGGUCUUGUGCGGCUGCAAUUGAAGCAAUAAAUGUCUGGUGUGGAGGCUGCGUCAAGCCUUUCACGCCCCCUACGAUUAUUUGCAGUGAGACGCUUCCGCCCAUUACUACUUAAAUGCCUGUACCACAAGUCUUGCAUGCUGCCCAUGUCGAUCCCCAAAGAUAUCCAGCAUCGACAUAUCAUUAAUGUAUACUCAGUGACCAGCUCGUUAUAGUCGUUAGCAGAAAGUUCACAAUUAGGCCAUACCAACGGCAACAGGGACGCGUAAAAAG